GUCAAUUUAAAUACAAUAAUACGAAAUUUACUAUUAGAAUUACGCUUUGUUGUUUUAAAGCUGACAGUAAUUAGUAAGCAUUUUUAAAGUAAACAACUCUAAAUUAACUUUAUUGUCCGUUGUUAGCUAUAUUAUCAGGUCGUGUUGUUAUUUAAAUGUACGCAAAAUUAAUGUAAUUUGAUUUCUAAGUGGUCUCAACUUAAUUAUAUUACGUUGAAGGACUGUAAAAUAAAUAAUGAAGUCAUUUAUAUUUAUUUUGUUACUGAAGUUAUCAUUAGGAGAAAUAACACCUCGCGCUAGCCCGGGAUAUGACUGCGAGUACUGCCAGCCAGAACAAAUACACAUUUCAUUUGGAUCAAAGUCCAAUGACAUAGUCGUAACAUGGACGACAUUUAAUAAUACUCACGAGUCCCGAGUGCAGUAUGGGGAGGGCACAAUGGACAUGGAGGCAGUGGGCACCAGGACCCUGUUUACGGAUGGCGGAAAGCAGCGUCGGAAGAUGUGGAUACAUAGGACUCUUCUACCAGAUCUGAAAUAUGAUACCAGAUAUGUGUAUCAUGCGGGAUCGGUGUUCGGCUGGUCGGAGCAGUUCUCGUUCAAGACCGUUCCGGCGGGCGAGGACUGGGUGGUGCGCGCCGCCAUAUACGGGGACAUGGGCAAUAAGAACGCACACUCGCUAUCUUACCUCCAAGACGAGGCGCAACGUGGUCACUUCGACAUGAUCCUCCACGUGGGGGACUUCGCCUACGACAUGGACACGGACGAUGCGCUCGUGGGAGACGAGUUCAUGCGGCAGAUACAGCCCCUGGCGGCCAUUCUGCCCUACAUGACGUGCCCCGGGAACCACGAGGCCAAGUAUAACUUCAGUAACUACCGCAACCGGUUCUCCAUGCCGGGCCCUUACGAGAGCAUGUUCUACUCGUUCGACGUCGGCCCGAUACAUUUCAUAUCCAUUUCCACCGAAUUUUAUUAUUUCCUGGAAUUCGGCUUUAAGAUGGUUGCGAAUCAGUUCCAAUGGCUCCAGGAAGACCUCAUGGAGGCCACGAAACCGGAGAACAGGGCCCGUCGCCCCUGGAUAGUGCUGUUCGGCCACCGACCGAUGUACUGCAGCAACUCCGACGACAUCGACUGCAGCGUCGAAUACACCAGGAAGGGGCUGCCAUUUUUGGGCUUGUACGGUGUGGAGCCGCUGCUGCGGCGCUUCGGCGUGGACGCGGCGCUGUGGGCGCACGAGCACAGCUACGAGCGCUCGUGGCCGCUGUACGACCUGCGCGUCUACAACGGCUCGCUGCGGGAGCCCUACCGCGACCCGCGGGCGCCGGUGCACGUGGUGACGGGCUCGGCCGGCUGCCGCGAGGGACGGGACCACUUCAGGCGUGAACCGUUCGAAUGGUCGGCGUUCCGGUCGCAGGACUACGGGUACACGAGGUUCAAGGCGUACAACAAAACACACAUCAACAUCGAGCAAGUGUCAGUGGAUCUUGGCGGACAAGUCAUUGACGAAUUUUGGCUUGUUAAAAACAUCACAAGAAUUUUUUAAAUAUAGUAACUUAAAUUUAUUUUUUAAAUGUAGUGUGUUAUAAAACUAGUAACAUUAAGAUAUUUUUAAUCAUAGUUAAAUUUUCAUCUUUCGCCUAAUGGCAAUUUUUAUUUUUAUCCUUAGUUACUUUAUUUUAUUGUUGCGUUACCGUCUGUGUUGUUACAUGUUUAAUAUACAGUGUAAGCCACAUAUUAUAUAGCAUCUUAAUUCUCAAGGUCGACAAUGUGUGCACACAAAAUCCCUUUGCAUUGUAAAAAAAAUACCUUCAAAGGUAGGUAAAUUGUCACUGGAACUUUUGAAAUAUGCCAUUUUAAUAAUAAUAAAAUAGAAUUUUAAUUAGUAAUCGAAUUAAAUAUGAUAAAUCUAAAAUGUAUUGUUGUUAUAUGUACAAUUAUUUAUAAUUAUUGUUAUCUUUACCGUUAACAGUUCUAUAUAUUUUGUAUGAUAUACCUAAUUUAUAAUAAUUUCUUCAUGUACCUACAUACCUCGAGUAACCCACCGCUGAAUUUAUUUGGUAUUUUUAUUCCUAAUUUCAAUAUUGUUAUAAUUUUGUUGCAAUAGAAGCUUAUUUAAAAAAUAAUUCAACUCUUUCCUUGAGAUGAAACAUCACAAUAAAAUGUUUACAAAGAAA